UAGAGGAGACUUGAGUGUUUGUGGCACACUGCUGAGGCUAUCUGCCUGUUGUGCAGUGGUUUUUCUUUGUUCCAAUGGCGUGUAGCAGAAGUGGGGCCAGUAAUGUUUUACUGUGUUUAGGAUUUUUUGUGAUUGCUAGUUCAUUUUGCCAUUGCGCCACGCUGACUAGGCUUAAGGCACUGGAUACAUUCAGAGAAAGUUCGCUGCUUAGCCAAAGUCCAGCUAAAAGAAGUGGGCUGCUUCAUGGCAGACUCUUAAUUGGACAAAAUCCUUUACAAAGUGCUAAACUUAAAGGAAUCCAGGCUGAGGGGACUCUCCUGGAUGUUGAUUCAAAUUACCAAGCUGACAUGGGUUGGGAACCCAACCAACCUAAAGGAUUUUCAAGGCUAAGGUCAGACACUGCAGUAGUGGAGCAGCUCCUAAAACUAGAGCCAAGGGUUGAAUGUACACAAGAGUCCAUGCUGCUUCAACUCCAAGAUACUGUAUCUACCACUGGAUCUCUGUUAUUUGUGGACAGGGGAAGCCGCCUUUCUCCGCUGCCUCUGUCCAGGCUGCCACCAAGUUGUGGUUACACAGUCAGGUCAACACGGAAAGAUUUGGUCUUGGUUGCACCUUAUGAUGCUUGCUUUGUUGCUCUUGAGGAGGACAGUUAUGUUCUCCCACUGCGAUGGUGUGGGGUACCAGUGAGGAUGUCCUGUCCUCUGAGACAGUCUUCACUGAGACUGUCUUCACCAAACCCUCCAAUGGUCACCUGUCACACUACAGGCAUGGUGGUGAAAACAGAAUGGGCGGUCUCUGUUGCUAAUAUUAAAGUAAAUUUGAGUGGUAACUGGGAGCCACUGAUGGAGGUGUCACCCAGCUGUGGGUUCAGUGUAGUUGCACAUCCUGAGGGUGUGGUCAUCUCUAUUCGCUAUGAACCCUGCCUGGAAGAAGAGGAUGGCAUGUAUACUGUUAAACUGAUUGGAGAUGGCAAAACUGAAGUUUCUUGUCCAACGCUGUUGCCAACAAAACCACAUCAGCCUGAUUAUCCCCAGGCUCCAGUGGUGCCCAUUGAGAAGCCAACUCAAAGCUAUCCUAAGGGCCAAGAAUACAAACCAUCUCAGUCUGGUUUUUACCCCCAACCACCUGACUCUCAAACUCCCCAACUGGAACCAUUGCCUGAGGAGCCUCAAGGACAAAUGCACUACCCAUUGUACCCGUACCCAUUCCCUUAUUACCCUCCAUUUAUGCCUCAAGAUCCUUAUCAAACUCCCAUUCAGCAAGUCUCUACACCAGCUCCAGAAGAGGAAGUACCACAACCUGAGGCCUAUGUGACUGAGUCACCCCGCAUUCCAGAGCCACCACUGCCUGAAGCCAAUCAGGGUCAGACAUACUUGUACCCCUACCCUUUCUUUCCACAGCAUGAAAGCCAGCCAGAUAAGCCCACACAAAAACCUGCAGUCAAACUUCCAGAUGGCCUUGAGCAUCACCCCUUUAACCUGUACUACUACCCACAGCAUGUAAUAUUACACCCUAGUACCAUCAUGCAGUCUUCACAAGUUCCUGCUCCAGCUAGUCACCAAAUGGCCCCAGGAUUUGCAUUUCCACAACCUGUUAAUACUGGUGUAAUCACGCCAAGUUUUCACCCAGGCUAUCCAUAUAUGCCCCCUGUGUACUGCCCCCAGUUCUGCCCAUCUGGAUUUUCUAAUUGCUGUCCACAAAUUGCUUUUCAUCAAUAUCUCAAUGUUCCAGUUGGACUUGGGGGUAAAGAUGCAUAUCAACACUAUCCAGCACCGCCAUUCUUCCCUUCAGUGGCACAUUCUGGGUUUCCCACUGGAUUUGUCCCUGCUCCUUUUCCUCAAAAUUCAGCAGAAGCAGUGAAAACACAAACUGCUGCAUCUGGACCCAUUUUACUGCAGCAACUUCUACCUGGAAAGCACCAGCAGUCAUAUCUUCAGCCACCAGAUGGUGACCUUGCUGCACUAGCCACAGCUAACUCCAGCAAGCAUGUACAUCCUAAACCAGUUUAUCCUAAUUUCAUUCCUUAUUUUGUAGAUACUAAUUGGCCUUAUUUUUUAUCAGAGGAGAAACAAAGUUCACCACAAAGCCAAACAAGUUCUAGGCCACAAUAUGAGCCAUAUUACAUUCACACCCUGAAGGAGCAACAGGGUCAACUAUCACCCAGAGGCAUGAAUAAUCCCUCUGGGCCAGAUUUCAUGUCUUAUAUGAGCCAGGAUCGACAGCGGCAAAAUAAACCUGCAGCCAAGGAACUACAGCUACCUAAGAAAAUGGCCCGUGAAUCAACCAAACUUGAUCAGUUUCAGGUCCCUUACUACAUGAGUCAAGAUGAUCAAGCUCCUACUUACAGGCCUGCAGUUCCUAAGUCUGCACAGCCAUUUGUGAGUGGGUCAAAGAAAAAUGCUAAACGGGAUGUGCCCUCCUAUUCUGAACCAGGGAGUUAUGUGUUGCUACAACAGGACCCACCACGUAGGGAGCUUGGCAGUUUGAGUGAAUUUCCACUGAAUCUGGUUCAUGAUCCAAAUUACCUGGCACAAAAUCAUGCAAAGCAACACGGUAAACCCCAGCAUCACCAAAAUUUAAAGCCACUGCAGGAAAUGCCCCAAACACCUAAAUGGCUGGGGAAAGGAAUGCCCAGUCCAUUACCUGGUAAUGCCAACUACAUGCUGAAGCCUGAAGCAGAGAGUUUGCCAGUGUUUGAUCUUGCUUCAGAUGGCCCUCAUUUUGUGCCCCUGGACCUGCCUCUGAGUGCAGAACAUUCACCACCCAAAUCCCCAGAGUCAUCUGAAGACAAGUGGAAGUCCCUGACAUCUAGACUUGAUGGAAGGAUUCCACCCCAUGUUCCUGGAACAGCAUCUCAGUAACCUUCUGCAGCUUGCUACCAAGUAAAGGGACUGAACCAACCUGUGCAGAGAUGUGGAAAUCGGAAGCAAAACGGCACUGCUAUCAAUGUAAAUAAAAUAAAA